AUGAAAGCGGUGAACACAUGGCUGUUCCAUUCUACAGAUGAGCGCCCGGCGACCCCAGAACCGGGACUGCUAAACGAGCACAAACUUGGGGGCCCCACUCCUUCCCCGACCCAGAGCGAGGCGUCUAGUCACAUCUAUACGGGGACCCUUGCAGAAGGCCUGGAGCUGCUGGCAGAGGCGCUGCAAGGAGACUCGGAUCACCUAAGCGACGCGUUUGCCAAGAUUUUGGACUCCAUGGUCGAUUCAGGGCUGGUGACGUCUACUCUGUACAGAAUUGACGACGAGCUCAAAUUCCUGAUUAUGGAGACGUUUUUGACCGACAGCAACCUAGUCGAGCGAUUCAAAGUGCAUCGCCAGCAAAAUCGAGAGCGCGACGCGUUGCUGGCGAUCGAGCGGGCAAAACGGGGGUUGGAGAUGGCGAGCACGGCAGACAGGUCUGUGAGUCCCUCUGAGCAUUUUUCGUCGGCGGACGAGAGUGCGGGAUGGACACUCCGGUUUGCCGAGUUUGUCGAUCUUCUUCUUACAAUGUGGGAGUUGCUUUUCACCGGUAUCAUAAGUCCGAUCGUCUCGUACAUCUAUGCUCGUCUUGGCGAACAGAGCACCAAGUACGACAUUGGCAGGUAUGUCGGAACAAUACUCUUGUUCUGUAACAUAAUUCUCCGCCGCCUGGUUACCGUUUUAGGCCGUCUUGUUGGGCGCCGCGAAAACUCGCGCAUCACGUCUUUGGGGCAAACGUGA